AUGUCCUAUCUGGUUUUAUUCCUGCUUUUUGGAGCCUCAGUUCUCUUCAGCUCAGAAGGUUGUGAGAACUCCAUAGUCCAACAUGGCAAUACCCAGUUAUUGCCCCUAAUCAUCAACAAAUUUAAUACUGCAUCUAGGAAAAUUCAUAAGCCGUCUCACCUGGACUCACCUGCAAUGCAGACUUUCCAAGGCCUAUGUCAGAAAGGCUGGAUUAGUUACAAAGACCACUGAUACAUGUUGAUUGAAAAGAGAAUGACAUGGAUUCAAGCUGAGAAAUCUUGUUGGACUAAAAGAGCAAGAGGUCACCUAAUCAGCAUCACCAGUGAAGCCAAGAAUGAAUUCCUUCAUAAACUUGCUCAGAGACAAAAGGAAACCCAAUUCUGGACAGGUGGAACUUACCAAAAGGGGUUGUCUUUGAAAUGGACUGAUGGAUCUCUGACAGCUUUCAUCCAGAAGCCUCUGUCAGCCCUUCUCAGCCCUUUCACAAGACAACUUAUCAGCUUCUUAAAUGUUAGAUUUUGCCUGACACUCAGUACUGGAGGCCACGGUGAAUGGGGCAGCUCUGUUUGCAACAAGAGGCUACCAUCCAUCUGCAUUUACAAACCAGACCUGAUGCACCCUUAA